AACUUGCUUUUGAGGGAAUAGUUUUUCUCACUAGGCUUUACUUUUAUUGCUCUCUUAUUUGAUUGAUUGAAAUCCUGGAGCUAGUUUAUAGUAAGAGUAGUGGAAUUUUGAAUAGUCAAUUAAUCUAUCUUCUAAUCAAUGUUAGUUCAUUUGAUUGUCCGUUAAAUUUGGCCUUUUCCUUUGAGUGACUUGCUAUUUUCCAACUCCAUGAGAGAAAUCCUUUGCCUUAAAUAGUUAUUUACCUGUGAGGAUAUGGAGUUGAGGCUUUUACUUUGAUUAAUUCUCACGGCUAUAUAUAUUGUGGUUUGUGGGUGGGAGGGGUUAAUCAGUCUCCAAAGGUGUGAAUGAUAAGAUCUAAAGUGCACACGGGGUUGCUCUGUUCUCCAUUUCAUUUUCAAGCUGUCCAGAAUCGAAUCAACUUACGCCGCCUGCCAUAGCUUCAACACAGUGGUAGGCUCUUCAAACAAAAGAAGUUUACAGUAAAAAAUUACUUCCAACGGACAACAAUGCCAGAAGAGCUGAGGCAUCAAGUUAUGAAUUGUAACUGGAAGGUCAUUUUUGUUGUUUCUUCUUUAAUCAUAUAAAAUUGAACUGUGACCUCAAUUGUUGAAUCGCAACUGGCGCAGGUUCCCUAUUUUUAUUUUCAGAGCCAUGCAUAUUCAUCUUCCUUUUCUUUCUAACCAGACAGUCCACAACUUCUAUGAAAACAGAGGUAUUGAUUAUGCUGUAGCAAAUAAUGACAUUCCUGAAAAAGCUGAAGACUUGCCCCUAUUGUUCAAACAGACCUUGUCUUCCAUGGGGGGAGAUGAGUAUAGUGUUUGAGAUAUUGAAGUAUCAUGCAAGCUGGAGCUUCUUUUCCCUGAGUGGUUGAGGGGUUGAUAGUCUGUCUGCUGUUUAUGUCAAUCUGAGAUUUUUAGGAAAAUUGAUCAAAAUAACCUCUCUGCUGUUUCUUCAGUUUGCAAAUGUAUGAAAGGAUUUGCCUUAUAUUUUUCUUCUAUGAAUAAUGUGUACUCCUUUAU